GUCGCUCGGUUGAUGCCGAGCUUCACCGCUUUAGCCUCCACUCUCUCUCUCUCUCUUCCUUCUUUCCUCCGGCUACCGGCGGUCUCUUUCCGGCCACUGCGGCUUCUCCGUCCCUGCAGCUGCCUCCGUCGUUAUUUGCUCCGUUGAAGUGUAAAAGAUGGCUAGGUGGGAUGCGAUUCUGUCCCUUCCAGUACAGAAUCCCCCGAUGCUGGAGUUUUCCGCCGCAGAUCUUGUGUGGUCUAAGGUGGAAGGUUGGCGCGACAAUAUAGAUAGAGUUGCCCUGAUUCCGUAUGCGAGAGUGGAUGAUUUUGUGAAGGGCGAGUCCUCAAACAAAGACUGCCCUACAAGUUUCCACGUUGAAGCGAGGAGGAAGAGGUCUCGAGAAUCAACUUACAAACCCAAGGUUGAUGGGAUUCUUGAAUACAUACUGUAUUGGUGUUCCUUUGGACCCGAUGACCCCAGGGAAGGUGGCGUUAUACGGCCCAGUCGGGUUUAUACCACAAAGAAGAGAAAUGCCGGUCGACCUAAUACCAAGACAGGUUGCACUUGUCAUUUUAUUGUGAAACGCCUGAUUGCUGAGCCAUCGGUUGCUCUCAUUAUUUAUAACCAGGAUAAGCAUGUGGAUAAGAAAGGUCUCCCCUGCCACGGGCCACAGGACAAGAAGGCAGCUGGUACACGUGCCAUGUUUGCCCCGUACAUCUCAGAGGAUCUUCGACUCCGUGUCCUGUCUCUGCUCCAUGUUGGGGUUUCUGUGGAAACAAUUAUGCAGAGGCAUAAAGAGCUAGUUGAGCGGCAAGGGGGCCCGAGCAAUCGGGAUGACCUCUUGACUGACAGGUAUGUCCGGAGACAAGAGCUGAACAUUCGGCGUUCCACAUAUGAGCUGGAUCCAGAUGAUAUGACCAGCAUUGGCAUGUGGGUGGAUAGUCACCGGAACUGUGUCUUCUUUUAUGAGGGGUUCUCCAAUUCUGAUCCAUUCACACUGGGUAUCCAGACAGAAUGGCAGUUGCAGCAAAUGAUUCGCUUUGGUAAUCGCAGCCUUCUAGUGUCUGACUCAAGAUUUGGGACAAACAAAUUGAAGUAUCCUCUUCACAGCCUUCUUGUGUUCAAUUCUGACAAUAGGGCCAUCCCUGUUGCAUGGAUUAUAGCACCUAGAUUUGCAAACACAGAUACGCAUAGAUGGAUGAGGGCCCUUUACAACAGAGUCCAAACAAAGGAUUCCUCCUGGAAAUUGGCAGGAUUUAUCGUGGAUGAUCCUCUAGCUGAUUUCCUUACUAUCAGGGAUGUAUUCCAGUGUUCCGUGUUGCUAUGUUUCUGGCGUGUCCGUCUUGCAUGGCACAAGAACUUGAUAAGGAGAUGUCGGGAAACUGAAAUGCGUGCUGAGAUAUCAAAACAGCUUGGACAAAUGGCUGACAAUAUCUGCAGUGGCAAUGGAGCUGUGAGCUUGUUCGAAGGUUUCAUGGAUGCCUUUGUCGAUGCCUCUGACUUAGUGGACUAUUUUAAGGCCGUCUGGUAUCCUAGAAUUGGUGUCUGGAUAGCUGCGUCAAAGACUCUUCCGCUUGCUAGCCAUGAGACUUGUGCAGCAAUGGAGUUUUACCACAGACAGCUGAAACUGAGAUUACUGAAUGAGAAAGACACCGAGGUCUAUCGACGCGCUGAUUGGUUGGUCCACAAGUUGGGCACGAAAGUGCAUGCUUACUUUUGGCUCGAUGAGUACUCAGAGAAGGAACACUUUGCACGGUACAAGAAAGAAGAAUGGAAGAGUGGCCUCAACUCUUGGCGCAAAUCAUUGACAAUUCCUGAUUCCGAUGUUUCCAUUGAAGGAAGAUGUGCUAAGGUGACCAGCCAACUUGAUCGAGACAAGGUCCAUGUUGUGUGGAACCCUGGAUCCCAGUUUGCUUUGUGUGACUGCAGUUGGUCGGAAAUGGGCAACCUAUGUGAACACGUGCUUAAGGUAAUGAAGGUUUGUCGUGAUAAAGGGUCCAAUGACGAGAUGUCCGUUAGCAUGUCCAAAUUCAGGAGGGCCUUGAUCGGGACACUCCAUUACCCACCACAUGAUUCAUUGGCACGCGAUCAUGCUGUGUCUUUGGCACUCUUUGUCCAAAUGCAGCUAAGUCCUGCGAUUAGUUCAAAAGAACAGGUACCCUCGGGAGUAUGAACCAGCGCUGGACUACAGAGCAAGAAAAUGAUUUGAUCUGGCAUGUCAAUGAUCCUCUGGAUUCACUUGAAGCUCUUGGUGUCAUAGAAGAGCUGAUCGGGCUCUCGGGUCUGGUAAUUUUGCAGUUGGGGCUGUUGAAGUACAUCCUGAUAAGAUGGAUGUAGACCUUUGAAUCACACCAUAUAUCCCAUCAUUGUCGAUUGGGUGCGGCAGUGAGGUCCCAGUGUGGAGAAGGGAAAGAUCAUAACCUAACCAGAGCCGCUAUUGAGUAGAACAGUGGUUGCAGUACUCCAAAGAGCUCGUGUCAUUCUGUAAUUGCUUUCAAGUCGACCAUCCAAUUGUGGUUAUAGAGAUUAAAUGUAAGGUUCCGGGCUAGAUAAUGGUGGGGAUUCUUACGUCGCAUAUUAUAAGCUUACAUAUGCAUCAAGUAUUUGAUUGUAAAAUGGACAGCAUUAUUUUUUGGUAGAUCAGAAUGGACUGGUCUUUGAUUCCA